UAAAUACUCCCCGCACCCUCCCGGGCCUCCACCGCGCUGAAUGCAUCGCGAUAUUGUUACUCACUAGUUGCCGGCCCAUCCGAUCCUCGCUCGCUGCCUCUGACAUCAGCGGGCGGCCCAUCGUCGUCUUUGGGAAAAAGCGUGAAGAGCAUAUGUGUGGGAAGCGAGCAUAUCAAAAAAGCGUCCCGCCGGAGCUUCUCCUCUAUGACUCACAUUCCUGGUGCCGGCGAGCCUUUUUGUGCAGUGGCGGGGGAUUCAGCGACAAUGCGGUUAAGCUCACUGGACUCAGAACCCGAUGCGCGGAAGGGAUUGUAGCCACUACUUUGGCAACUUUGCCCGUAUUUCUCACGCCCACUGGGAUCCUGCUAUUGCUGGCUCCAGAUAAUGGACGCGCCGGUGGUGUGAUGGAUCCGGACCACGCUGGGAGCUCCUGAUAGCCAGAAUCCGUCGUGCUCAAGGACCAUUUGGCU